CCCGCCUCCUGGGUUGUCACCCUCGACUGUCCACCCAGAGUGGAGUUGAAACUUGAGCCUGACUCCAAACUCUUGGGUGAGACCAAGUCGGGGAUGCUCUCAUAAUGAACCUUAACCAGUCAGCUCCACCUGUGCCGCCGUUUGGGCAGCCCCAGCCUGCCUACCUAGGGCAUCAUCAAUCCAGCUAUGGUGGGCAACCAGGGUCCACAACUGCCCCCACUUCCUAUGGAGCCUACAAUGGCCCAGUACCAGGCUAUCAGCAAACCCCUCCCCCAGGUGUUUCAAGAGCCCCACCUUCUUCAGGGGCACCUCCAGCCUCAACAGCACAGGGCCCUUGUGGCCAGACUGCAUAUGGCCAGUUUGGACAAGGAGAUGUACAGAAUGGGCCAAGCUCCACCGUUCAGAUGCAGAGGCUCCCUGGGUAUCAGCCAUUUGGGUCAGCCAUAUUGGCCCCUGUGGUCAGCCAGCCAGCUGUGCUUCAGCCCUAUGGCCCUCCCCCAACAAGUGCACAGGUGACUGCUCAGCUGGCCGGAAUGCAGAUCAGUGGUGCUGUGGCCCCAGCCUCUCCACCUUCAGGGCUAGGCUAUGGCCCACCAACAUCGCUGGCUUCAGCCUCAGGAAGUUUCCCUAACUCUGGUCUGUAUGGCUCCUAUCCUCAGGGCCAAGCUCCUCCCCUUGGCCAGGCCCAGGGUCAUCCUGGGGCCCAGCCUCCCCAGCGAUCUGUCCCACUACAGGCCUCCAGCUUCACACCCCCAGCUUCAGGGGGUCCUCGGAUGCCUUCGAUGACUGGUCCUCUCUUGCCUGGACAGAGUUUUGGGGGACCCCCAGUGAGCCAGCCCAACCAUGUGUCCUCACCUGCUCCUCAAGUUCUGCCCCCUGGCACCCAAAUGACUGGGCCCCCAGGACCACCACCACCACCUAUGCACUCCUCCCAGCAGCCAGGCUAUCAGCUGCAACAAAAUGGUUCCUAUGGACCAACCCGGGGCCCUCAGUCCAAUUAUGGAAGUCCCUACCCAGGAGCAGCCGCUUUUGGAAGUCAGCCUGGGCCUCCUCAACCAUUGCCUCCUAAGCGCCUGGACCCUGAUGCCAUCCCGAGCCCUCAACUCAAUGAGCUGCCUCCUCAGCAGAAAACCAGGCACAGAAUAGACCCUGAUGCCAUUCCUAGUCCAAUUCAGGUUAUUGAGGAUGACAGGAACAACCGGGGUUCAGAGCCAUUUGUUACUGGAGUACGGGGCCAGGUGCCACCCUUAGUCACCACCAACUUCCUCGUGAAAGACCAAGGGAAUGCAAGUCCCCGAUACAUCCGAUGCACAUCCUAUAAUGUCCCUUGCACAUCUGACAUGGCUAAGCAGGCUCAGGUGCCCCUGGCAGCUGUCAUCAAGCCGCUGGCAAGGCUGCCCCCAGAGGAGGCUUCACCGUAUGUCGUCGACCACGGGGAAUCUGGCCCUUUGCGCUGCAAUCGCUGCAAAGCAUACAUGUGCCCUUUCAUGCAGUUCGUUGAGGGAGGGAGGCGCUUCCAGUGCUGCUUUUGCAGCUGUAUCAACGAUGUUCCCCCCCAGUAUUUUCAACAUCUGGAUCAUACCGGCAAACGUGUGGAUGCUUAUGACCGUCCUGAGCUGUCCCUGGGUUCUUAUGAAUUCUUGGCCACUGUAGAUUACUGCAAGAACAAUAAGUUCCCCAGCCCUCCUGCCUUCAUCUUCAUGAUUGACGUCUCCUACAAUGCCAUCAGGAGUGGUCUUGUUAGGCUCCUCUGUGAGGAGCUCAAGUCACUGUUAGACUUCCUGCCUAGGGAGGGCGGGGCAGAAGAGUCAGCAGUCCGCGUUGGCUUUGUCACCUAUAAUAAGGUGCUCCACUUCUACAAUGUGAAGAGCUCAUUGGCCCAGCCACAGAUGAUGGUUGUAUCUGACGUGGGUGACAUGUUUGUGCCACUGCUGGAUGGCUUCCUGGUCAAUGUCAAUGAGUCUCAAGCAGUCAUCACCAGCUUAUUGGAUCAGAUUCCAGAAAUGUUUGCAGACACAAGGGAGACAGAGACAGUAUUUGCCCCAGUUAUCCAGGCUGGGAUGGAGGCUCUGAAGGCUGCUGAGUGUGCAGGGAAGCUCUUUCUGUUCCACACCUCCCUGCCCAUUGCAGAGGCCCCAGGGAAACUGAAGAACAGAGACGACAGGAAGUUGAUCAACACAGACAAGGAGAAGACUCUGUUCCAGCCUCAGACAGGUGCCUAUCAGACCCUGGCCAAAGAGUGUGUGGCCCAAGGCUGCUGCGUAGACCUCUUCCUCUUCCCUAACCAGUAUGUGGAUGUGGCCACGCUCUCUGUUGUACCCCAGCUCACUGGUGGCUCUGUCUAUAAAUACGCUUGCUUUCAGGUGGAAAACGACCAGGAACGGUUCCUGAGUGACCUGCGUCGGGAUGUACAGAAGGUCGUUGGCUUUGAUGCUGUGAUGCGGGUCCGGACAAGCACUGGUAUCCGUGCUGUAGAUUUCUUUGGGGCUUUCUACAUGAGCAACACAACAGAUGUGGAGCUGGCUGGGCUGGAUGGGGACAAGACGGUGACUGUGGAGUUCAAGCAUGACGAUCGGCUCAAUGAAGAGAGUGGAGCCCUCCUGCAGUGUGCCCUGCUCUACACCAGCUGUGCAGGGCAGCGACGGCUUCGCAUCCACAACCUCGCCCUCAACUGCUGCACUCAGCUGGCUGAUCUGUAUCGAAACUGUGAUACUGACACGCUCAUCAACUACAUGGCCAAGUUUGCAUACCGGGGGGUCCUGAACAGCCCUGUGAAGACUGUUCGUGACACUCUCAUCACUCAGUGUGCCCAGAUCCUGGCCUGUUACAGAAAGAACUGUGCCAGCCCCUCCUCUGCAGGACAGUUGAUCCUUCCUGAGUGCAUGAAGCUACUCCCAGUUUACCUGAACUGUGUAUUGAAGAGUGAUGUCCUGCAGCCUGGAGCUGAAGUCACGACUGAUGACCGGGCCUAUGUCCGACAGCUGGUUACCUCCAUGGAUGUGGCUGAGACCAAUGUCUUCUUCUAUCCUCGGCUCCUACCGUUGACAAAGUCUCCCAUUGAGAAUACCACUGAACCACCAGCAGUUCGAGCAUCUGAAGAGCGUCUAAGCAACGGGGAUAUAUAUUUGCUGGAGAAUGGGCUCAACCUGUUCCUCUGGGUGGGAGCAAGUGUCCAGCAGGGUGUUGUCCAGAGCCUCUUCGGUGUCUCCUCCUUCAGUCAGAUCACCAGUGGCUUGAGUGUUCUGCCAGUUCUGGAUAAUCUGCUGUCCAAGAAGGUGCGAGGCCUCAUUGACAGUUUGAGGGCACAGAGAUCGCGGUACAUGAAGCUUAUUGUGGUGAAACAAGAGGACAAGCUGGAGACACUGUUCAAACACUUCCUGGUGGAAGACAAGAGCCUGAGCGGCGGAGCAUCCUAUGUGGACUUUCUCUGUCAUAUGCACAAGGAGAUUCGGCAGCUACUGAGCUAGAGCAUGUGGGUAAACAGCAUAGGGUCCAGGCCAGCUUCCAGAAAAUACCCCAGGACAGCAGAGAAAUUGGGACAGUUCCAUAUAUUAUA